AUUGAUGAAAAUAGAUUGUAGGCGUAGGUGUAGGUACAACAUGCCUAGUAAAUACUUUGCAUUUUUUCGACGUGUAUACAUUGUAUCAUGAUUGGAACGCUUGAUCCAUGAGAAAAUUGAGGAGAAAAGUAAUUGUGAUAAACAGCAGUGAAAGUAAUCAGUAUAAUAUUAUUAUCGAAGUGUUCGUCAAUACAAUAUAUACUGUCCUAACCAAAGGGCAGUACAUAUAACUCAAAAGUGAUAUCGUUGAGUUACAAACAGAAUGUUAAAGAAAAGUCAAUAAACGACCAAGAGGGGAAGUGUCAUGGGAGGAUGAAUGAUCAUCUCUAAAUGAUUGAAACAGUAUGAGACUAUUUAUGGUCUAGUAGAUAGAACCUAAUUUCUAAUAUUGUCAAGGAGUUGACAAAAUGCCAAUUAUAGCCAGUUCAUCCUUAACAUACGAAAUUCUAAUGUAUCUGAACUCUUUUUACUUCGGUAUGUUCGCGAUAUGCGAGCUGGGUAUGGGAUUUUUCAAAGCGGCGAACCUGCCAACGGGAACAAGUACGACGCUGACAGAAUUCGCGCUCUUGUUCUUUUUGAUAAUCACGGAAGGAGCCAGGAUCUAUCUUGGGAGGAAAGGGAAUUUGACCGAGCAUGGACUGCCCAUUUUUAUCGGAGUUAUUUUGACCGUGCCCAGCUCCUUGGCUACGCUGUACUUUCUAAUCUGGCAAAAUUACGUUCUCAGAUUAGAAGUGAUACUUUGUAGCAUACAACUGGUACUCUUGGCAUCCGAAUUAAUCAUUUCUAUCUUGUGCCUUAUAGCUAUUUAUAAACCUACGUCUCCAGAAGAGUGAGCAGAUAUAUUAAAAUAUUGUAUGUUCGCAUACCUAUGGAAAUUAAAAUUGAUUCAGCCUUCUAA